AUGGGAACAGUUCACUCUUCUGAUAAAUGGCAUUGGGAUGAGAAAACAGGAAACAUACGAUUUACAGAUUGCGAUCUUAUAUUCCAGUACGCAAUCAUAAAAAAAUCACAAGCCCUAAAUGAUGACGAUAAAGAGGCAGGAGUAAUAUUAAAACAAUUAAUGGAAAAGUGGGGCCUCAAAACGCCUAGUGUCCUAAUCUCUGUAACAGGAGGUGCCAAAUCUUUUGAAUUGGUAACGCACAAGAGAACAAUCUUCAAGCGCGAGCUCAUCAAGCUAGCCAGGACAAUAGAUAUUUGGGUCGUAAGUGGAGGAAGUGACUGUGGCAUCAUGAAAGAAGUCGGAGAGGCUGUUCGUGACGCCAAUUACUUGAAACCAAAUUCCGUUGUUGCCAUAGGAAUAGCUACAUUUGGUGUAGUAGCAUAUCGAGAGGACCUUGGUAACAAUAUUCAACAGGACGAUGUUUACUUGGCAAAUCAGAAAACAAAUGAAAAUGAAAACGAGACAAAUCUGGAUCCAAAUCACUCUCAUUUUAUACUUGUCGAUGAUGGAACGGAACAGCAAUUCGGGAAAGAGAUAUCAUUUAGAGCAGGGAUUGAAAUGGCAGUGUCAAAACUUAGAACUACUGGGGCAGAGGCUAUGGUCCCCGUUGUUCUCCUGGUUGUUGAAGGAGGGCCAAAUACAAUCAAAACAGUGAAAGAGGCAGUUUGUGGUGGGAUUCCAACAGUUCUUGUUAAGGGUUCUGGAAAAGCAGCUGACGUCUUAGCUUUAGCCUGCGAAUGUGCUGAAAAACCUAGAGCAGAGAGAAUGAGAUGGGAGUCAGAGUUAAGAAAAUUAACAGGAGUGACUGAAGUCCAUAAAGCGGCUGUUUACGAAUGUAUGGAGAAGAGACGUCUGAUUACGGUAUUCGAUAUGACGGAUACAUCAAAUAUGUCUAGUGAAAUGGGAGAAGCGAUUCUGACGGCACUGCGGAAUGUGGAAAGAGAAAACAGGAGCCUCAGUCAACUGAAGCUUGCGUUGUACUGGAAUAGAAUCGAUACCGCCAACGAUAUCAUGCGAAAUAUAAGUAGGGAGAAUCUCCAUGCAGCGUUCAAUGACAACGAGAUGAUUACUUCUGCUCUGGUAUUGGACAGAUCUGAAUUCAUGGAAAUCUUUCUAGCGAAAGGCAUGGACAUGACUAGCUAUUUGUCGAAAGACAUGCUCACAAAACUUUAUUGCGAGAUUCCAAAUGACGGUGCUUUAAGAGCUAUUAUGUGGAAAGUAAGGAAAAUACCCGAACUAGAAAAGGACGAAACAUGUUUGGUGAAUAUUGGAAAACUGAUCACUCUUCUUCUUGGGACAUUUUAUGACAUCCAUCCUUUGUAUGCAAAGAAGGGAACUAGCACCAUAGAUAAUCCGUUUCAACAUCUGUUGUUGUGGUGUAUCCUGUCAAACAGACAUGAAAUGGCAAAGUUAUUUUGGAAGUAUGGAAAGGACCAGAUUGCCGCUGCUUUGGUUGCAUACGGACUGUUGAAGAAGAUGGCCCUUCUGAUUGAAAAUAAGGACUUAGAGAUAUCAAUGAACAGUCAUGCAGAUGAAUUUUGUCAACUUGCACAAACAUUGUUGAGCAAAUGCAGAGAAUCAAGCGAAAAGAAGACAUCGCAAAUGCUUUCAACACAAAUGGACGAUUGGGGUAAUGCGACAUGUAGGCAGAUAGCAAGAAUGACAGAAAACAAAAGUUUUAUCGCUCACCCGUUCUUCCAAUCACUUCUUAGUGAGGAGUGGAUGGGUGAUAUUUCACUUCUCAAUCGAUGGACCUGGUUUAAGCUGCCGCUGUGUGUUGUGCCACCGAUGCAAGUUUUGAUACCUUGCCUUAUCACAUUCAAAGAGGAUGAUACGAAAUUCCAAAAGCAAAAUAAGACAUCCCCAAGUACGUCAACAUGCAAUUCCGAUAGAAUAUGCAGCUGUGAAAAGAUUAUACGUUUCUACCAAGCACCUGUCGUGAAGUUUGUUGGGAACUCUAUGAUCUAUGUAGUAUUUCUGAUGUUAUUCGCCUAUGCCCUGCUAUCCAAAUUCGACACUACCUGCACCAAAUUUGAAGUCGCCUUAGCAGUGUGUGUGUCCGUUUUGUUCUGCGACGAAAUAAUCCAAAUGAAGUCCACCGGUCCUGGAACGUAUUUCCAGAACAAAUGGAACUAUCUGGAUAUUUCUGGAGUGAUUCUGUUCGUUUGUGGGUUUUGUAUCUUUUUGUUUGAAUCGGCAAUAUUCACAGAGGGUCUCGGGCGAAUGAUUUGCUCCUUUUCAUUCAUAUGUUUCUCUCUCAGUCUCCUUGGAGUAUUUGCACUUCACGAGAAUGUCGGACCGCAGUUGCAGAUGAUCAAAAGAAUGUUCUUUGAUUUGCUUUCAUUCCUUGCGAUUUUAUUAAUCUGCGUAAUGACAUAUGCCAUUGCUGCUUAUGUAAACCUAUACCCUGCCUCGAGGAUUGAUGGUGAUCUUGUCUUCAAUCUUCUUCGCAUCCCGUAUUGGAAUCUGUAUGGAGAACUGAAUUUGGAAGUACUUGAACUGAAAGAACCAGACUGCAGUUUCGAUCCACUGAUCUACCAGAAUGGAGCCAUUCCAAGAUGUCCUACAGCGAUUGGUUCAUAUUUAGUCCCUGUGCUGAUGGGAAUGUAUAUGCUGUUUGCAAGUAUUCUUCUUCUCAAUCUUCUCAUUGCUAUGUUCAGUAACUCGUACGCGAAAGUCCAAGCUGAGACGCAUCUUCACUGGUGCUUUCAGAGAUCCACGCUGAUCCAUGAAUGCUCUAGUCGUCCACGAAUUCCACUGCCAUUUAAGCUUACAACGAACCUAUUUAAACUCUUGUGCUGCUGUCGGAGAAAAGGCAAACUUGGCUAUAACAAAGCUCCCCAUUCAGAUCCAGUAGUUGGCAAAAAAUGUAACUCUCUGACGCUGUGGGAGAAGGCGGUGACAAAUGAAUUUAUGAAUGAUCUCCAUAGUAUGACGUAG